AUGUACCGGAAACCUCUGGUUGGUUUUACGGUGUCUACGAUCCUUAAGCUUGCGGAGAAGUAUGGUAUUAGCGGACACGUAGUCGCCUUGCGAUGGAUAGCAUUCUAUAGUAACUUGGAUGUAGCAUACGGCGAUGCGAUUAUCUUUGGUGGUUUUAAGGUGGAGCAACUCUACUCGAUACUUAAUACACUUGAGGCUGGUCUUCUUCCCGAGGAUCUGGCGGCUGCUAUUACUGCUGUCUACUCUCAAGUGCAGGGUGCCGAGCCUCCUUAUCACCUCUAG